AUCAUUUGAGAAUAACGUAACAUAUUUCUGUCUGAGCAGCGCCAGAUCUGGCCGUUUCCUCCAAUGUGUUUGAAUGCAGAUUAAUCCAGGAUGCUAUUUAAACAAACGGAGGGAUUCUAGCGACAUUCUCGGACUAAACUGGAGUUUGGUUUUGAAGGCAGCUGAGAUUGAAGUCUGUGUGCCUGCUUUUUGCAAGUGGAGGAAAAUACUGAACGGUCAUCAUGGCAGAAAACAACUUCCCUCCCCUGCCUCGAUUCAUCCCUCUCAAGCCAUGUUUUUACCAAGACUUCAAUGAGAUCCCAGACCAGCAUCGCACAAUGUGCAAGAAGAUCUACUACCUAUGGAUCUUGAAUAGUGCCACACUGGCUGUUAAUCUGAUUGGCUGUCUGGCGUGGAUGUGUGGAGGUGGCGGGGUGACCAACUUCGGCAUGGCCUUCCUGUGGCUCAUCCUCUUCACCCCCUGCUCCUACGUGUGCUGGUUCAGGCCCAUCUACAAGGCCUUCAAGACCGACAGCUCUUUCAACUUUAUGGCUUUCUUCUUCGUCUUCAUGGCCCAGGUGGUGAUCAGUAUUAUCCAGAGUGUUGGCAUUCCAGGCUGGGGAGUGUGUGGCUGGCUAGCUACCAUCAGUUUCUUCAGCACCAACAUUGGCUCAGCUGUGGUCAUGCUGAUUCCCACCAUCAUGUUUACUGCGGUGGCUGUACUGUCCUUCACCGCCCUCGCAAAGGUUCAUAACUUAUACCGUGGCAGUGGUGGCAGCAUGGGUAAAGCCCAGGAGGAGUGGGCCAGUGGGGCCUGGAAGAACCCCCACGUCCAGGAGGCAGCUCAGCAGGCGGCCAUGGGAGCUGCACAGGGAGCCAUGCAGCAAAACCAGUACUCAGCAGCUCCCACCUACAACUACGACGACCCGAUGUAGGGCAGAUGAGGGUGCCAGGCUGCUGAGUGGGAGAGAUAAAAAGGGAUCAAUUAAGAACACAAAUCAGAAUUAGGUGCCCUUCAUUACAACUCUGUACAAGCUGAAUUCAACCAGAACAAUGUAGAGAAAAGUCAUGUUUUUGGUGGAAGUGUACUUUUAUUGAAUUCUGACACACAUGGGAGUUAAUUAUUUAAGUCGCUUCACAUCUAAAAUAACAGCCAGUUAUUUAAAAAGCUUUUUUUUCUCUCUUAAACUGCUCAACUUUAGCUGGUCAAUGUGUGUGUAGCUUUCGAACGGAGACACAUAAUAUAGCUAAAAUCCAUCCUCUGAGCUUCAUACUUUUAUUCAGGUAGGUUCACCUGUGGUCAGCACAGUGACUUGUCUGCCUAUGCCUGUGUCCCACUUUAAAACAUCUUUUAAUUACUGUUGUAAUGUUGUUUUUUAAAUGUAAAGUAGUAGCUAUAUUGUUAAGAGUUUUACUUUCAUUAGCCUUAGGUCACCAAACGCUAAAUAAAUUUAAAAGUCUCAAUAGAGGGAUGGUUCGACAUUUUGGAAAAUAUGAUUAUUUACUUUUCUGCUGAGAGUUGGAUGAGAAGAUAGAUACCACUAUCAUGUCUGUACAGUUAAUAUGAAGCUACAGCUAGCAGCUGGUUAGCUUAGCAUAAAAACUGGAAACAGGGAAAUAGCUUGCCUUGCUCUUGUGCUAAGCUAAGCUAACCGGCUGCUGAUGGUAGCUUUAUAUUUACUGUACAGACAUAAGAGUGGUAUCUAUCUUCUCAUCUAAUUCUCAGCAAGAAAGCAGAUGAUGUCAAAUGAUUCCCACAAAGUUUAGGGUACAAUUAAACCUUGAGUUAUUUAUUCUGGAACAUAUUAUCCUUUUAGAUACUGGCCAAUCUCUUUCUUACUAUCUUAACUUUGUUACUUUUUUUGUUGAAAAAUACGAAGUUGAACUUGGCCAAAAUCUCAACAAUAGAAUCAGCAUUUCAAAUUUUUAAAAAUUGCAAAUUUAACCGGAAGAUGAAUAAAAGGACCAAAUACUUUGUCUCUGACAUAAUUUAAAUCAGAAGACAUUUUCUGGAAGUGAUAUCUACCACAAAAUGUAUUGAGCAUGUCGUUUUUCCAACUCAAAAGCUUUUAAA